CUGGAAUUUUUAUUUUGAGCUGUCGUGGGGCUGGACAUAAGUGUGAACCUUGGGUGGUGACACAUGGAACACGAACUCCUCCGUACCUGCGUGAUAUAAAGCUCUCCCAACAGCCCAGUACUGAUCGCCCCUACAUUAUCCUUGCGCUACUCCAAUCCUCCUCACCAAUAUCCAUCCACUAGCGCAUCACCAUGCGCCUCCUCACCAUUGUUGCCCUUUUCGCUCUCGCAGCUCUCGCAGCCGCCAAACUCGACAUCAACAAGCCUCCGUUCAACGAUGCUCCUAAGUGCGCUCAGAAGUGCGUCCCUGACGCCCUCAAAGCCGCCACCUGCUCAGUCGACACGUCCGAUAUCAAUUGUUUCUGUAAAGACGCAAAAUUUGGGAAGGCGAUAAAGGCGUGCGUUCGAAAAAAGUGCAACCUUUUCGAAACGAUUAGUGAGUUUCCUAAAUUGUUGUUUCGGGGGCGAGAUUAGAAUAUGAGGUGCUGAUGAGAGAGCAGAAGUGAAGAAGUGGGGCGAAAAAAAUUGUCCAAAUAUCUCUUGAGGGGUAGAUAUAGUAGAGUGGGAUUUAGGGGAUGGUGUUGUGGAUGUGGGUAAUGGGGAAAGAUGGGCA